UGGCCUGACCCAGCUCCACCCUCGGUCCGCCCGCACUAGUUUAUCUUGUGACUUCCCUGGCUGCUUUCCCUUCCUAGAUUGCAGAGCUUUCAUACCCACGAUGCGCUUCCUGACCGCCACGAUCCUGCUGCUGGCGCUCGCCGCCGCCAGCCAGGCCGAGCCCCUGCACUUCAAGGACUGCGGCUCUACAGUAGGAGUUAUAAAGGAAGUGAAUGUGAGCCCGUGUCCCACCCAGCCCUGUCUGCUGCACAAAGGCCAGUCCUACAGUGUCAACGUCACCUUUACUAGCAGCACUCAGUCCCAGAACAGCACGGCCUUGGUCCACGGUAUCCUGGCAGGGAUCCCAGUCUCCUUCCCUAUUCCUGAGCCUGACGGUUGUAAGUGUGGAAUCAGCUGCCCCAUCCAGAAAGACAAGGUCUACAGCUAUCUGAAUAAGCUUCCGGUGAAGAGUGAAUACCCCUCUUUAAAACUGGUGGUGGAAUGGAAACUUCAAGAUGACAAAAAGAACAACCUCUUCUGCUGGGAGAUCCCCGUAGAGAUCACAGGCUAGGCUCUUUGACUGCCUGUGUCUGUGUGGGGCCGUGGACUGAGGGAGGAGAAGAAACAGAAGUCAGACCUGAAAUGGAAUCAGUGCCAUAAGAGGAACAGUUUCAAGAAUGCUGUUUUAUGCCUUUCAACCUCCAAAAAAGUACCUGCAACCCUUCUGCUCCUGAGAGCUCAGAGCCAUCAUCCCCGGGAUAGCCUUUGUGGAGGCUUCAGGAGGGAAAAGGGAAACUGGAGAGAUUAGAUUAGUGUUUACUGUUGGCUGAUGGUCGGCAGAUCCCACCAGACAGUACAGGAUGGGGUUGCUUAGGGAUAUCAGAUAACUUGACCCAGGGCUAUUGAUCCACUGUGAAGGAUGGCUUCCCAGAGUCUUCUGGCUGGCCGGGGGUGUUACCUCUCCUGUUUCUAAGUGCCUUCUGAGUCCCGAGCACCUGGCUUGUCAGUCUGAUGAGUCUCCAUGGUACCCUCAGCCCCAGUGCUUCAACAACGACCUGCGCUCUGCGGUGUCCAGAGACCGCCUGAGGGGAGGUCUGCUGCAGACAUUUAGCUCUGAGUGGCUGCUUCCUUGUGGUUAGCUCUUGUUCUUCGGUAGUUUUCAUUAAAGCCAGUACUUGAUUGCA